AAACCCAAUUCUUUCAAAUUAAUAUAACUUUAUAUAGUCAAUAUAUAGUGUGCAACAUAACGUUCUAGUGAAUAAAGACUGUUUCUGUUUCUUCGUAUGACACAAAGUUGUUGUCACUUGACUUUUACUCACCUCGUCGUCUCCACACUUCUCAUGGGGAACGAAAAAUACGUGCUUCCGGUAUGUUCGCUUUUAUUUUGAAAGGCUUCGAAUCAACUUCCAGUUCUGACAGUGCAGGAGACCUCACAGUGCAGGUCUGCAGCCAGACUGUCUUGGAACUUUUGGAGUAAUCCAGGGUCAAAGUUGACUUGAACAAAACUGAGGUUAUUCUUUCUUUGAAGUGGUAUCAAAUCCACAUUUAUGAUUGAAAUGUAAUUGUACUUAGUACUUUUUGAUGUCCUUGAUGAACAAAUAUGCAGUUAAUAAGUAAUCCAGGAUCUAAUUGGACUUUUGCUCUCAAAACUGAGCUCAUCAGCUGACUUGAAUGCAGACAACAGCCCUUCAGUCACAUACAGAGUAGCCUAGCACCAUCUACUGGCACAAAUAUGUAAGUGACAUGAACAGCAGGUUUCAUAAAACACCUUCUCUGACAGAAAACUCCUGAUGUGUUACAGUUUUCUCUCGUGUGAUCACUGGACUGAACACAGAUCCACAUCAGACGUCCUCCAGGAAACAUGAAGGAGAUUUUCCACUCAAACUGAGAGAAUGACUGACGUCCAGCAGAUGAGUGGUUGUGUGGAGGAAGACGAGGACAGAGCAGAGUCUCCAGGACCCAGCGGUCUGUCUGUGAAGAGUGACUGGUCUAUGAACCCACCUGUAAACUUCAGUCAUGAACCUGGAGCCUCAGAGACAAAAGGUCAGAACCAGAGACAGAGAGCAGAGUCUCCAGGACCCAGCGGUCUGUCUGUGAAGAGUGACCGGUCUAUGGGAAAACGUAUAAACUUCAGUCAUGAACCUGGAGCCUCAGAGACAAAAGGUCAGAACCAGAGACAGAGAGCAGAGUCUCCAGGACCCAGCGGUCUGUCUGUGAAGAGUGACUGGUCUAUGGACCAUCCUUUAAACUUCAGUCAUGAACCUGGAGCCUCAGAGACAAAAGACCAGUUUGCUGUUUCUGUGGACGAGCAGACGUCCCGCUGUCCUCUGUGUCAGGACGUCCUGAAGGAUCCAGUCUCCACCAGCUGCGGUCACCGGUUCUGCAGGCGCUGCAUCUCCUCAUACUGGGACCAGUCUGGUCCACCAGGAGACUCCUGCUGUCUCCAGUGUGGGAAAAGACCCAGGACAGGACGUGGACCACAGAGCAUCCCAGAUGUUGGUCUGCAGAAGGUUCUAGAUGAACAUAAGAUCAGUCUGAGGAGCAGAUUUGAACAUGUGACUGAAGGAACUGAAGGAACAGGAAGUAGAACCCUCCUGAACAGGAUCUUCACUGAGCUCUACAUCACAGAGGGACAGAGUGAUGAGGUCAAUACUCAACAUGAGGUGAUGCAGCUGGAGACGACCUCCAAGAAGAAGACGGUCCAGGACACUCCCAUCAAGUGCUGCGACAUCUUUAAAGCCUUACCUGACCAGCAGGGGAGCAUCAGAGUCGUCCUGACCAACGGCGUCGCUGGUGUUGGAAAAACCUUCUCGGUGCAGAAGUUCACUCUGGACUGGGCCGAGGGUUUGGAAAACCAGGAUGUGAAUCUGCUGAUUGUGCUCUCGUUCAGGGAGCUGAACCUGAUCAGAGAUCAGCAGCACAGUCUUCUCACGCUGCUCCAUGUUUUCCAUCCAACAUUAGAGAAGGUCAGAGCAGAGGAGCUCGCUGUCUGUAAACCUUUGUUCAUCUUUGACGGCCUGGAUGAAAGCAGACUCUCACUGGACUUCAGCAGCAGAUUGCUGGUUUCUGAAGCCACACACAGGUCAUCAGUCAACGUGCUGCUGACCAACCUCAUCCAGGGGAAUCUGCUUCCCUCGGCUCUCGUCUGGAUAACUUCUCGACCUGCGGCGGCCAAUCAGAUCCCUCCUACAUGUGUUGCCAGGGUAACAGAAGUACGAGGCUUCACUGACGACCAGAAGGACGAGUACUUCAGGAAGAGAUCCAGAACUGAAGAUCUGUCCAGCAGAAUCAUCUCACACAUCAAGACGUCCAGGAGCCUCCACAUCAUGUGUCAAGUCCCAGUCUUCUGCUGGAUCAGUGCUACAGUUCUGGAGCACAUGUUGACCACAGAACAGAGAGGAGAGCUGCCCAAGACCCUGACAGACCUGUACUCACACUUCCUGCUGGUUCAGACCAAGAGGAAGAAGAACAAGUACGAUAAAGGACAUGAGACGAGUCCACGGGAGCUGAUGGAGGCCGACGGGGACUUUCUUCUGAAGCUGGGGAGGCUGGCCUUUGAACAUCUGCAGAAAGGAGACAUCAUGUUCUACCAAGAAGACCUGGAGCGGUGUGGUCUAAGUGUGACAGAGUCCUCGGUGUACUCAGGAGUUUGUACAGAGAUCUUCAGAAGAGAGAGCGUGAUCUUCC